AUGACCCAGUAUAUAAAGGUCACCGAAGGGAAAUAUUUUGGUGAACCUGGAGUCACUUUGUCUGUUACAGACCUGCAGGUGAAGGUGACUCCUGCCACUGUGACAGAGGGACAGAAGGUGACACUGACCUGUAGCACCACCUGUACUCUGAGGGACAACCCCAACCCCACCUACAUCUGGUACAAGAACGGACAUGUAACCAACCAAUCUAACAGUCUGUUCCUAAACCCAGUCAGCAGUGAGGAUGCAGGCAGAUACUCCUGUGCUGUAGAAGGCCAUGAGGUUCUCCACUCUCCUGAAGAGACUCUCACUGUCAGAUAUGGCCCAAAGAACACCUCAGUGUCAGUCAGUCCCUCUGGUGAAAUAGUGGAGGGCAGUUCAGUGACUCUGACCUGCAGCAGUGAUGCCAACCCACCUGUGCAGAGUUACACCUGGUACAAGAAGAAUGGAGGUGGCUAUCAGCGUAUGACAGGACCACAGCAUGUCUUCAAUCAAAUCCAGUCAUCAGACACUGGAGAGUACUACUGUGAGGUCCAGAAUGAGAUGGGGACAGACAGGUCUACGACCAUAAACAUGGAUGUGAAGUAUGGUCCAAAGAACACCUCAGUGUCAGUCAGUCCCUCUGGUGAAAUAGUGGAGGGCAGUUCAGUGACUCUGACCUGCAGCAGUGAUGCCAACCCACCUGUGGACGAAUACACCUGGUACAAGAAGAACGUAACCUCACCAAAAGCAUCAGGAAAGAGUUACAGCAUCACUAACAUCAGCUCUGAGGACAGUGGAGAAUACUACUGUGAGGCUGAGAAUAAAAUAGCAUCUAGUAACUCUACAGCUCUGAUGAUCAAUGUAGCAGGAGAUUCAGAGGAGGAAGUGAUGUGA